AUGGGAGAUACACUUGCGGUAUGGGUUGAAGCAUCCAAGGAAAAGGUUGAGAGGUACAGGAGAACGGUAAUCAUGAAGGACACCCAGGAUCAAUUUUCUGAAUUAAAAGCACUAGUCCUAAUAGAAGAAAAUGAAGUGCGUGAUAUAUAUAAAGAUGAGUUGUAUGGUGCCUAG